AGCUAUUGGGCCCUUGCCCAAACUCAUAAAUCUGGGCUCAGUUCUAAAACUCGAUUUAGGGUUUAUCUCUAUCCUAUAAAUACGAACAUCGCAAAAUUAUUAGGGCUCCAACGAGCCGAUCCUUUCAGAGCAACACAAAAUGCCGAAGCAGAUUCACGAGAUCAAGGAUUUCCUCCUAACUGCAAGAAGGAAGGAUGCUCGUUCAGUGAAGAUUAAGAAGAACAAGGAUGUUGUCAAGUUCAAGGUUCGGUGCUCAAGUUACUUGUACACACUCUGUGUGUUUGAUGCUGAGAAGGCCGAGAAGUUGAAGCAGUCUCUUCCCCCAGGUUUGAGUGUCCAAGACCUUUAAGUAAGAAGAUUCAACUACAUUCCCUUUGCAUUAGUUAUCACCUUAGCUUGUAAUGGAAUUGAUUUUGUAUUUCUCUAGUAUAAGUUUUGAACAAAGUUUUUUAAGCAUUUGGAAAUGUAGACUCCUCUUAUACUAUCUUUUCGUUAAUUGCUCUUCUUGGAUUUUGCA